AUGUACUUUGAAUCUUGUUCUUCGAUUAAGGGGUGGGAUGCAAAUAUUUGUCAAGACUUUGAUUGGAAAGACUAUCACUCUGGAGGUGGAGAGUUCGGAUACCAUAGACACGUCAAGGCGAAGAUUCAAGAUAAAGAAGGAAUCCCUGCUGACCAGCAAAGGCUUAUUUUUGCUGGAAAGCAGCUAGAGGAUGGUAGGACCCUUGCUGAUUAUAACAUCCAGAAGGAAUCCACCUUGCAUCUUGUUCUCCGUUUGCGAGGUGGUAUGCAGAUCUUUGUGAAGACCUUGACGGGCAAGACCAUCACUCUUGAUGUGGAGAGCUCUGAUACCAUAGACAAUGUGAAGGCAAAAAUUCAAGACAAGGAAGGGAUCCCACCUGACCAAUGUUGA